CUCAGCAGUAAGCAGUCUUACUAUUCCAUCUCAAAACAUGGUUGAACUCCAGGAGCUGGUAUGAGUACCGCUGGUGAAUUUUAUAAGAUUUAUGAUCCUUAGACAAGUCAAACAGAGCUUCAGCAGGGGGUGGAGCUUGUGUCGCAUUCUAAAGCCUGGUGCCUCUAUCCCUUGAGCACAAACUAAAAGGGGUUUAGCUAAGCAUCUGUUACAGAAAGAACAUGCAGAAAGAGGAGAAACAGCUGAAGGGACCCCAAGAGAAAAUGAAAAGCACCAUAAGAUGGAAAACGUCCAAGGAAGAACCUCAAAGAAAAAGCAGGACAUCAUCACAGAUCCCCAUCCCAAGGAGAUGCAGCUCAACCUGGAUGAUGAAGAAAGAACCGAGAGGCCAGAAGUUACCAGACCAAGACGAGAAGCUCAUUCACUACCAGACCAUCCCAGAAAGACGCUUCUCCACUGACCGAGCUCAUGAAAUAAUCAAACACAUUGUUGAUGAAAGACUGGAGACUGUCGAGUACAGCUGCUCAUGCUCAGGCAUCUCCAAAGAGCUGUCUGACUGUAUUAAGACGGCUGUAAAGAAGCUGCUGUAUGAUCGAUAUAAGCUGGUCUGUUACGUGGCCAUCGGCCAGCUGAAGGAUUCAGUGGUGAACUGCUCCAGUAGAGCCAUCUGGAGUCCCACUUCAGACACAUUCACUGAAUAUAUCUAUAAAAACAGAUCUUUAUUUGCUGUUUGCAUUUUGUUUGCAGUGUAUAAAGAGUAAUGUAACUGGUUAACUGGAAUUAAAGUACAGUUUUAUGUAAGCGACAUUAUGCACAGUAAAGUAGGUUGUUCAUUUGUAUAGAAGUAAAUACUUAAGAAUGUGUUAAAAUUUUAAUAAAACAAUUUAUUGGAGAAUGUUUUACAUGAAAAUGCUAUUUCAGUCUUUCUCUACUUCAUAAUUUCAUGUUUAAAUCAAUCCU